AACCUGGGGGUAAAAGCGUAUUUUUCUAACCAAAUUUAAAGUUUCUUUAUGAGUAAAAUUCCCAAACCCAACUUGUUCUUGCUGAAGCAGUUCUUUGGCUACGCUUAAUUCAUUUUCUGGUGGAGGGUUCUGGAGUCGUUUCAAAAGCCUAAGUUUCAAUUCAUGGAUGAUAGUACUCCUAAGAAGCUAAACAUAUUACCUGACCACUUUAGUGCUCCUAGUUCCACAGCAGAAUCUUCUCAGGACGAUACUCCAUCAUUUUCGCAGACAAAGGACGAUAUUUCUCUGAGGUCUCAUAGUCAGUCACGGACUCGUAGAAACUUGAAAAGAGCAGCAACUAUGUUGAAUUUGUUCACUCUUCGCCGUCUUCCUUGGGUUUCAGAUGGUCAAGAGAAGGUAGAGCUGUCAGCAGCCGAGUUAGAAUCACUUAGAUCAGAGCUUUCUGAUUUGGAAGAAAGAGAAGCUUACCUCAAAGCCCAGUUGGAACAUGUGGAUGAAGUCUUGCGCUCUGCCCGUUUAUCUGGUUAUUUGUUUAUCCGAAGUCGUUGGGCAGCUCUUCCGGGUGAAGAACCGCCAAUAGACGAUACAGAAGUAGACGACUGGCUUCCUCGGUUUGUCGUCCUUCAAGGCCCUUGUCUUUUCUUCUAUUUAUUGUCAACAGACUUGAGCCCGCAAGAUUCGACAUUGCUAGCAGAUAUUGUUGAAGUUGGUUCGUUACCAAGCUACACGAGAGAAUUCGAUGAAACCCAUUAUUGCUUUUACAUCUUAACCCGUCAAGGUCUAAGAUUUGAGUGCUCAAGCACCUCUAAAACACAGGUUGAUUCGUGGUUGUCGGUAUUGCGCCUUGAUUGCAAGUCUGAACCAGAAGAAAGGUUACCAAACGGAUCAAGCCAAGCGCCACAAUAAUUGAAGAUUGGUCACUGCACUGUAUAGUUUUCAUUUUUAUGUAUAUAAAAUGCUUCUUUUAGAUGUAGCAGAAUUCACGUCAAUGAAAGGUUCUUUUACUGAACUGGUGAUUACAAUAUUUUUGGUUUACUUCUUUUAGCUGCUAAAGACAUUGGAAUAUAUUCGUUACUUGAAU